AUGAAGAGCGUUUCUCCAUUAUUUCUUGGCGUGCUCAGUGUCUUAAGCCUUCCUGCCCUUGCCUUGAUUGCUGCUUAUAUAAUCUACCGACUCAUAAGCGAGAGAGACGAUAGCACUGUGCCUACAUCUUAUCCAAUUGUGGGUUCAUUGUUUGCUUUCUUGAAGAACCGAAGCAGGCUCUCAGAAUGGUUGACGGAGCUUCUGAAACACGCUCCCUCUAACACUAUCACUUUUCAUCGCCCCGGAAUAAAGGUGGUUAUCACGGCCGAUCCAGGCAAUGUGGAACACCUGCUCAAGACCCGUUUUGAGAAUUAUCCCAAGGGCAACUAUUUCAGGCUUCUCUUGCACGACCUGCUCGGAACCGGAAUUUUCAACGCUGACGGGGAGGCCUGGAAAUUGCAGAGAAAAGUCGCUAGUUACGAGUUCAGCACCAACUCUUUGCGCGAUUUCAUUGCAGAGAGCGUGCAGGACGAGGUCACCCAUCGCCUCCUUCCGCUACUCAGAAAAGCUGCUGCCACCAACCAUCAGGGGGAGAGUCGACUGGAUAUGCAGGACGUCUUCAAGCGAUUUGCCUUCGACAACAUUUGUAAGGUUGCAUUUGGCAUGGACCCCGGUUGCCUUGACAUUUCUCUGUCGCUUUCAGAAUUCGCAGAGGCUUUUGAAGUCGCCACCAAUUUAAGCCUGAAAAGAUUCACGGAUCCCCUGCCGUUCAUGUGGAUGGUCAAGCGGAUGUUCAACUUCGGCUCCGAGAAGCGCUUACGGCAGGCAAUCCACACCAUUCAUAGCUUCGCACAAGAAGUUAUCGACGCGAGGAAGAAAGAAAUAUUUCACUCUCACGGGUCACGACGUCAAGAUCUCUUGUCUAGAUUUCUUUUCACUCACGAGAGUGCUGCUGCAGGAAAGGCUUCUUAUGAUGUUUCCGUGAGAGAUAUUGUAAUAAGUUUUAUCUUAGCCGGCAGGGACACAACUUCUUCCGCGCUCACCUGGUUCUUCUGGCUCCUCUCCUCUCAUCCACGAGUCGAAAAGAACAUUUAUGCAGAAAUUACACGCAUUAUUGCUGCCAGAGAAGAGAGCAGUUUGUGUUUCCCUUACGAGGAAUUGAAGAAGAUGCAAUACCUGCAGGCCGCUCUGUGUGAAUCGAUGAGGUUGUACCCGCCCGUUCCGUCUGACACGAAACAGGCAUUGGAAGACGAUGUGCUGCCGGACGGGACAGUGGUAAGGAAGGGGAUGCGGGUGAUAUACCACCCUUAUGCGAUGGGAAGGAUGGAGAGCGUGUGGGGCUCCGACUGUUUGGAAUUCAAGCCAGAGAGAUGGCUCAGCAAGACGGAGAACGGUUCGGUAGUAUUUGUGGCACACAAUGCAUUCAAGUAUCCAGUGUUCCAGGCGGGGCCAAGAGUUUGCUUGGGGAAAGAGAUGGCGUUUAUUCAGAUGAAGAGCAUCGCUGCGAGUAUUAUCGAAGAAUUCAGUGUGAAGGUAGAUCACGAGUGGAAUCCGAAGUACGUUGCAAUGAUCACGGCCAAAAUGGAGAAUGGGCUUCCCGUACGCGUGGUAAGAAGAAUGGAAAAAGACCCUUGACAUCCGUACGUGUUUUCAUUGCGUGAAGGUUCAGCCAUCAUGUAACUUGUAUAAGCCAAAGGUAGAGAAGCAUUAUUUUACCUCAUUUUCUGUAAUCAUUAUUAGUCCCUGCCUUAUAAGGCACGAGACUAAUGUUUUCAUUGUCAACAAC